AUGCACGUCCGCACGACCCUGAUCUUCCUCCUGCAGUACUGUGCGUGUGUUUACGGUCUCCCCACAUCACCGGGCUCGUUUUCACGCACACUCGCCACAUCUGGCACUAAGCGCUUCGCAAGAGCAAGCAAAGACUCCGUAGAGCCUCACGAGUACAUGCUCUCCAUCUAUAAGACUUUUUCUGCUGCCGAGAAACUGGGACUGAACGCGAGUUUAUUCCGUUCAUCUAAAGCCGCAAACACGAUAACGAGUUUUGUGGAUAAUGGACAAGAUGACUCUCCAAAUUCUCCACUAUGGACACAGCAGUAUCUUUUUGAUAUCUCAUCACUUUCUAAUAAAGUUGAGCUGCUGGGUGCUGAACUAAGAAUCUACACAAAACUCUCUGGACACUUCCCAACAUCUGAUGUGGGUCCAAUGGAGAUUCAGCUUCUUUCCUGCCAGACUCACAAACUUCUGUAUUCCAAAAUCUUAGACUUGCAAGACUCGCACAAACCACGAUGGGAAGUCCUUGAUGUGUGGGAAAUUUUUGCAGAACGCCGUUUACACGCACACAGAAACUUCUUCUGUCUGGAGCUCAAGGCUUCUCUUGACAAUCCUGAGAGGGAAAUCGACUUACGGCAUCUUGGAUUUCACAGGUACGGGCGGCCACAACAGAAGAAAGCCAUAUUGGUGGUGUUCACGAAGUCAAAGAAAAGGCAAAGCUUGUACUAUGAGAAAAAAGGGAAGAUUAAACUGGACCCUGAUCAGGCUGGAAAGGAAAAAAUCCAUCGUGUGAAACGGCAGCGGAAGCGGCGGACAGCAUUAAAUAACCGUCAUGGCAAACGGCAAGGCAGAAAGUCCAAGUCUAGAUGCAGCAAAAAACCAUUGCAUGUCAAUUUCAAAGAAUUGGGAUGGGAUGAUUGGAUUAUCGCUCCUUUGGAUUACGAGGCGUACCAUUGUGAGGGUAUCUGUGACUUCCCACUUAGGUCUCAUUUAGAGCCAACUAAUCAUGCCAUCAUACAGACUUUAAUGAACUCUAUGAACCCCAGCAACAUGCCACCUAGCUGCUGUGUGCCUUCCAAACUUAGCCCUAUCAGCAUCUUGUACAUAGACUCUGGGAAUAAUGUAGUGUACAAGCAAUACGAGGACAUGGUGGUAGAGUCAUGUGGAUGCAGGUGA